AUGGGCGUUAAACCUCGUACCGACCGACCGGUGGCCGUCAUCGGUGGAGGUGUUCUGGGACGACGAAUUGCAUGUGCCUUCGUGGCAGCCGGCUACCAUGUACACAUUCGGGAUAACUCACCAGAGGCACUGAAAACCGCGAUUGAAUACAUCGAUGCACAUAAAGAGGAGUAUUCAAUGAUGCCGCGUAUCUGCAAAGAAACGGAGUCGACCUCCAGCGAGCCUGAAAAUGUGGAUGGGAAGGGUUCUGAGUCUUCCAUCACUAAAGUAGACCUGGAAUCCUACACACACGCUCCGUUUGGUAACUACAAGCCCUUUAUGGAAAUGGAGCCCACCAUUUCCAACGCAUGGUUAGCUAUUGAGGCUGUACCCGAAAAGCUGGAUCUCAAGAUUGACACGUUCGCUGAGAUGGAUGCGGCGGCUCCGGCGGAUUGUAUCUUUGGAACAAACACCUCAUCUUUCAGAUCUAGUCUCAUGGUAUCAAAAGUUUCACCUGAACGGCGCAAGCGUAUGCUCAAUAUUCAUUUCGCGAUGCUGCCUGCCGUUCGAACCGUCGAACUUAUGACUGAUGGCGAGACCGAUAGCGAGAUAUUCCCAUACCUGGAGGAUGUCCUCGGAGAAUGUGGCAUGUUACCCGUCACAGCUCGGUGUGAGUCUACAGGGUUCAUUUUUAAUCGCCUCUGGGCAGCAGUCAAACGAGAAAUCAUGCAUAUCCUAUCCGAUGGCGUUAGCGACCCGAGCGAAAUCGAUCUUCUAUGGGAGCAUAUGUUCAAGAAUGGACCUCUUCCAUGCCAGCUCAUGGAUCAGGUCGGGCUUGACACAGUCGCUUAUAUCGAGGAUAAUUAUGUGAAGGAGCGAGGUAUGAGUGGCUCGUCAACGGUCGAUUGGUUACGAAGGGAGUACAUUGAGAAAGGCCGGCUUGGAAAGAAGAGCCAAAACGGCGGCCUUUAUCCCCCUCAUGUGCGGUCAUCAACUGCUGAAGCUGCACCGACAAAUCCACACACAGCGGCGAAGGAUAUCUACGUUCUUGACGUGGGGUUGGGGAGUAAUGCUCGCGAUGUGUCUCAGGUUCAUUCAAACGGGAAGAUCUUACGUCUGAAUUUAGCAACGCAGAAGCUCACUCCCGUUGUCGUGGGCCAAAAUUUGCCGGAUGGUAUUGAUGUCUCACUCGGAAUACAAAAAAUCUUCUGGACCAAUAUGGGUCGCAGCACCGCCGCUUGUGAUGGGUCGGUUUGGAUGACAAACCUGGAUGGAAGCAAAACACGUUGUCUAGUGCCGCCAGGCAAGGUACAUACUCCGAAGCAGAUUGCAGUCGUGGAUUCUCGACAGCAAGUGUAUUUUUGCGACCGGGAAGGUACCAGCGUGCAUCGUUGCAACUACGAUGGCAGCAACCACGAGAAAGUUGUGCAACGGCAUAUUCUGCCAGAAAUGACUCUUUUGGAACAAAUGAAACUUUGGUGUGUCGGGAUUGCUAUUGAUGACGAGCAUGGGUGGAUGUAUUGGACUCAAAAAGGUCCAAGUAAGGGCGGUCGCGGUCGAAUCUUCUGCGCCGGCCUCGAUAUUCCACCUGGCGAAACCCCAGACAAUCGAUCGGAUAUUCGCCUUAUUUUUGAUAACUUGCCUGAGCCAAUAGACAUAGAGAUUGACAGCAGCACACAGACUUUAUACUGGACGGAUCGCGGCGAACAUCCUAUGGGAUGCGCGUUAUACCGGGCUUAUGUGGGUGGAGAGAGUAUCGAUCUUCAGAAGGUCAUUCUAGCACGGCAUUUUCAUGAACCGAUUGGAUUGAAGUUGGACAAAGUGAAUAACAUCGUGUAUGUGACUGAUCUUGGUGGUAGCCUGUACUCUGUCUCGUUGGAUGAUGGUAUGAAAGUUGAACUGGUGCGUAAUGAUGGGUGUUUUACAGGAAUCACUUUGGUAUAA